UAUAGCAACUGGAUGCCGCUCCUCUGAAUCUGACUUCUCAAAUUGCGUGUUGAGUUGCAAGCACAAGGAUUCACGCGGUCUAUACUUAGCUCUCCUAAACGUCAAAGUCUGCGGCGAGACACGAGCUGUUUUAGUCUGUGAUAUUAUUUUAAAACUUUUAACGCAUUCCUUUAAAUCAUUUGAACGCUGGAGGAUUGUGUUUAAAUGUAUGUUUUUAGGAAUAUCAAUUGAAGAGCGCGAAUGGGAUGUGUUUUGGAUUUAAAAUAAGAAGAACUGAGACUGUUAUGGGCCAGUAAUGUUUAUGAAAUUGUGAUAAUAAGAGAAACGUGGGACACGCAAUUUCGAGGAAGCGAUUUAUUAAUGCAUCGGUUCAUACAACUGUGUGAACUAAGAAAAUGGCACUGGGAAUGAUUUCAUUUUUGGCUCUCUGCAUCUUUUGUACUCAAGUGCCACUUGGCCAAACUGGAUGUGCUGAAGUAGACUCCAUGACAGAAGCUGUGGCUGGCGAAAGCUUUCUGUUGGGUUGUAUUUCUUGCAAAAGGAGAGAAGAAGUGCCUGGUUCUGCUAUUGUUGAUUGGCACUACAAAGCAGCUGGAUCUGAGGAGUUUAUCCAUAUUUUUCAAUAUGAGUAUAAUAACCCCACCAUUCUUCAUGAAAACUUUGAGGGAAGAUUAGAGUGGCAAGGAACUAUGGGGACAAAGGAUGUGCAAACUGGCUCUGUCUUUAUUCACAAUGUCACAUAUAAUGACACUGGGACUUACCUCUGUACCUUCCAACGUACGCUGCACCUUCCUCUGAAUGAGGAACAUGUGGUAAUAAGUAAAGAGGUGGAACUCACAGUUGUGGAAAAAGCAAACCCUGAGCUGACGGCUGUGAUUUCUGAGAUCAUGAUGUACGUGUUGAUCACAGUUCUGCAGCUGUGGAUGAUCGGAGUGCUGAUUUACUGCUAUAGGAAGAUCUAUGCUGAGAACGAAGCUCGAGAGGCCAAAAAAGCUGCACGCUCUCAAAACAAGCUCAUUGAGCUGAAAGACCCUUGUGAUGGCAUUUAUUUGGAAUAACUACAGUUUUGUAGAUAGAGCGCUUGGACCUGGACCUGGACCUGAGGCUGAGGCUGGGGCUGGGGCUGGCGAAGGAACUGUAGGAACACGUAGAGCUGCUGAAAAACAAGAUCAAGUUAAUGAUUCUCUUACAGUAAAUCUCCACGUUGCACAUGCAAACACAUAAUAAAGAAUACAGCUAAUUAUUAUUA